CUGGUGUUAGACACGGCCCCUUCAAACAAAUGGCUCCUGUCAUGUACUCUUCCCAAAGGAAGAGAGAGAGAAACGCACAGAGCUCUUAAAAGGAAACACAAGCACAAGAGAAGACGGUCUCUGCUCAGUGUCUGAGCCUGAACACUCCAUAACUGGAAUUAAUUUCCUCUUAAAGACGGAUGGAGGACUAAGAGUGGACGCGGCAUGAAAAUGGUUUCAGUUAAACUCCUCAUCCUUGGAGCUCAGAACACUGGGAAAUCAGCGCUGUGUGUUCGUUUCAUAACAAGGCGCUUCAUUGGCGAAUACGACCAUAAAAAGGAGGUCACCUACAGAUGCAGUCGGGUGGUGGACCAGGAAGCUGUUGAUCUGGAGAUUCUGGACUUGGCUUGUAAAGAGAGUUCUGUGGCUUCUCUGGAGGCAUCUAUCCGCUGGGCUGACGGCUUCCUGCUGCUCUACUCCAUCACACAUCGCCUCAGCUUCCUGGAGGUCCCACCACUCAAGAAACUCAUUGACCAAACCAAACAGAGUCUGGUGGUUCCUACAAUGCUCAUAGCCAACAAGUUGGAUCUGGAAAUUGGGCGUGAGGUGACAGCAGAGGAAGGACAGAGCCUCGCCAAGGACUUAAGAUGUGGUUUCGGGGAGCUGUCUGUGGCUGAAGCUGCAUCAGCUGUGGAGGCAGCAGUGUUGCAACUCAUCAGGCUGGUGUUGGAUCAGCAGCGCCCCCUGCCUGACCGCCGCUCCUACAUGUUGACUGUCCGCCAUGCUCUGACCAAGAAACUGACCCGAUCCAAGACCAUGCAGUGGUAACGGCAGCAGGCAAAUCACUCAGCAGCAGGGAGUAGAUUCAACGUCUCUGAUCCAUUUUAGCACUGCUGCUCAGUCCCAGCAACUUUGUUUGUUGUGUUGCAUCUUCCAGUAGAGGGCAGUACAAUCAUUUCACCAUUGUGUGUGGCCAAAUGUAUGUGGACACUGUGGUUCAGUUUGGUGUUGAAUGUGUCAUGUAUUCAUGAAAACGUCCAAAGAAGAGUGAGAGGUUGUAUUAACAUGAAAUGAAUGCCUAUUGUUUUCAGUGACAUCAUUAUUCAGAACUAUAUUUGCUUGUAAUGUUAUUGUGUGUGUGCUCACUAUUGUCUCUUCUGUCAAGUACCGAAGAGGGUUUUUGGGAAACAAAAAAAGCCAGAUCUCUGCCUUUAAUCUCAGAAUUCUCUCU